CUUUGUGCCUAAAAUGACAUGGCUUGGGCAACAACACAGCCCCUGCUGCCCCAAUAUACUGAACUCGGCUUGCGCAGGCAUAGGCGUGUUGGCUCAGGUGAACGUAGGCAGGGUGCGAUCCCACUACGUGACACGAUUCACACUCCGAGACGAGGAGCGACAGGGCGAAAACGGACAUGGUGGUGCGACCAUCGGAUUUCAGCCUCAGCCAGAGUUCGGGCAGUCCUCCAAAACAGUUCAAGAAGAAAUUCGAUUCAAAGGAGCUCAACAACUUUGGAAAAUGUCGUUGGCGGGCCUACUUAUUGGUGACAUCGCUUCCAUGGGAAAUCGCUGUAAGCCUGGUGAUUUGUGGCAACUUUGUGGUAAUCAUCCUUGAAGCGAAUUAUGGAGCUGCUUGUGAUGGGGACAUGGUUAGUGGCUGUGUGCCUGGCUAUUUGGCAGUGGUGAAUUACUGCUUUGUGGGUUUCUACACAUUGGAAGCAUUGGCAACUUUGUUUGUUUACAGGGCACGUGUAUGUCGGGAUCACUGGACUCUCUUUGACCUGUGCAUUGUGUUAAUGGCUUGGGUGGACAUGCUCGUGUCAGCUAUAGUGACGACCGCAGGUCUGCAGGAAGUGCAACUCCUGCGACUCUUCCGCAUUGCGCGGCUGGCGCGAGCAGCCAGGAUCGUGCACAUGUCCCCCGAGUUGAGGGCUAUGAUGAAUGGCGUGAUCAGUGCGCUGACCACGGUGUUUUGGGGGCUUAUAAUGGUGAUGCUCCUCCUGGCCGUAUGGGCUGUCCUUGCGGUGGAGCUUUUGCACGACACAGCCCAAGAUGUACAUGCAGACAAACCAAUCUGUGCAGAGGCAUUUGAUUCCGUCUUCAUGGUGAUGUUGAUGUUCUUCCAGACUCUCAUGGCUGGGGACAGCUGGGGUGACUGUGCAGUCCCCAUGAUCCAGAGAAAUCCACUCUCCCUCAUUAUUUUUGGAGGCUCCUUGUUGACCGUCCAGCUUGGUUUUGCGAACUUGGUCUUGGCUGUGAUAGUCGAGCGGGCGCGCCAAGCACAUGAGGAGGAGCAAAGGCAAAACCUGUCUGAACAGAUCAAAAAACGCCGUGAAGCAGAGAACCGGUUGCUUGAGAUGUGUCAGCGCAUUGAUGUGGACAAAGAUGGAGUUUUGACGCUGGAAGAACUCAUGGAGGCUUAUGCUACUAAUGAGGACUUCAGGAAGACCUUGCUCCUUCUUGAGAUUGAUGAGACAGAUCUGAUUUGCCUAUUUGACCUCAUGGAUGUGGACCGCUCGGGAGAUUUGACCUAUGAGGAGCUUGUGAACUGUAUUCACAAGUCCGAAACUAACGAUCUAAAGCGCCAGAUGAUGAUGGUGAAGCUGCAGGUCCAGGAUAUUUGGCUUCGAAUUCGCGACCAUUUGACCGAUGCCCAAGAGAACAUCAUCAGCUCGGUGAGGGGUGAGGUGCGCAAGCCCUCGCUCUUGGACGCAAAGACUUAUUUGAUAAGGAAACUCACCUCCAGCAGCAGCUUCGCGAAGAAAACGUCAAAUGUCUCCAACUUCAAGAAGCAUCUACAGGGCAUGGCGGCCAUCAAGGAGAGUCACCAGCCAGUGGACGCGGGCACGGAGUUUAACGCUCAUGUCUUCGCUAUGAGGCAGAUGCGAAAUGGAAUCCAUCAGGAGCUGGAAAUUCAGCUUCAAAAAAUUCAAGAGUAUGUGGACAACGAAGUGACAAAGUUCAUAAGCCACCAUUGGCCGUCAUCUGGAGUUGAUGAGGAGAAUUGGCAAAACGCGCAGAACCAGUGGGGUGUCGAGGCUGAGGAUGUGCAGCGGCCCUCUUCUGGUCCAGUGUCACCAAGGAAAUCGCCAAGACAAUCGAAACAGGAAUCUGCGACCGCUGAGUCAUAUGAGUCCAGACUUGAGCGACCUCAGCGACAUUCUGGCCGAUCUAGCCUGUCUUCACCUCGGAUAGAGAAGAUUCGCGACGAAGUCGCUGGUCAUGGCUUAAAUGGAGAUGGUUUACGUCCAAAGCGGAGAGUGAGUGUGUCAUCAUAAUGAUGCCACCAUUGGAGCUUCAACUUCCACCGCCAAUGCGCAAGUUAGGCUGAGAUUAGAGACUCCUGAGGUCCUGAGCAGACCAAGAAUUCUGCAUCUUUUUUUGUUUUUUAGUGAAGGAUACGAUAAGAAGUGCUGCACAGAGCUUGUGAGCAGCCUCCACAUCUCGACAGCCUCAGCCUUGGCUAGCCGCUAGCUAGGCUAGCUAGCAAUUCCAGUGACCGGCGCACCUUGAAGAGGUUGCAGCUGCUCACUGAAAAACGUUCAGGCACUGGUCGACAGUACAUUCACCUUUCCCCCCUUCCUGGACCGAUAGGGCUUUGAGCAGGGAGCACGCUCAAUGCCAUGGGCGCCUCACCAUUUUUAAAUGCUCUUGGAGACUUGGUGUAUUCUGAUCUGAAAGGCGCCGCCGUCUCCUCCUUUGUUACGGAUGAACCUGUACACUGUACACAGUCGUACACGGUACACAGUCGUACACUGUACACAGAAAGAGGUAGGAGGUUUGUCGUUUGCAACUUGCAGACCCCCUGCCCGCUCGGCAGCCAAAAGGAGAUUUACCAUUGCCACAUAUUGGCAC